AUGUCCGUUCAAAAAAUGAAGAUCGGCUGUGCCGGCCUCGGCCGUAUGGGCAAGCGUCACGCCCUCAACUUCCUGGAGCGUUGCCCUCGCGCCGAGCUGGUAGCCGCUAGCUCCCCGGACCCCGUCGAGCUCGAAUGGGCCAAGACACACCUGGAGCCCUUCGGGGUGCGCCUGUACCAAAAUUACGACGACAUGUUGAAGCAGGAGGGUCUACAAGCCAUUGUCGUUGCAUCGGCCACUGCAGUACACGCCGAGCAGGCCAUCAAGGCCAUCGAAGCCGACAAGCACGUUCUCUGCGAAAAGCCGCUGUCGACCAGCGUUGACGUCUCCCAAUCCGUCGUCGAUGCCGCCAACAAAAAGCCCCACUUGAAAGUGAUGUGCGGGUUCUCUCGCCGAUUCGACGCCUCUUACCGCGACGCCUUCAAAAAGAUGAGCACCGGCACGAUCGGCACACCCUCCGUCCUCCGCAGCCAAACCUGCGACAAGCUCGACCCCUCGGGCUUCUUCGUCGCCUACGCCGAAUUCUCCGGUGGAAUCUUCGUCGACUGCUCCAUCCACGACAUCGACCUCGCACUCUGGUUCUUCGGCGCCCACAGCAAAGUCAAAUCCGUCUCGGCGGUAGGAAUCACCGCCGUGGAACCGGACCUCCGCAAACACAACGACCGCGACAAUGCAGUUGGACUAGUCGAGUUCCAUGAUGGCAAGAUAGCGUACUUCUACGCGUCGCGCAUGAUGGCGGCUGGACAGGAGGAUACGACGGAGAUUAUUGGAACGAAGGGGAAGCUCGCUGUGAAUGCGCAGCCGCAGAUGAAUUUGGUUAAUAUCUUUGAUGACUCCGGGGUGAGGCGGGAGAUUCCGCAGACUUAUUACGAUCGCUUUGAGUAUGCCUUUGUUACUGAGGCGAAUGAGUUUACGGCGUGUGUGCUUGAGGAUCGGAAGUUGCCGUUGGAUCUGAACGCUGCCGUGCAGGCUGUACGCAUUGGGGCGGCGUUGCAGGAGAGUAUGGUUGGUGGGAAGAAGAUUGUCUUUGAUGAAGAUGGGAACCGCAUAGAGGUGUCGAAGCUUUAA